AAAACAAAAAAAUGCUCACUUCCUGUCCUUUAUUGAAGUUUUUAUUUUAAUCAACGAAGACAUGCUAGUUCUUUAAAAAUAUUAUUCUUUCCAUUCCAAUAUUCAAAAUUUUUCAGAGUGCAAAGGAAUUAUGUUAAAAAAUAGAGGAUUUUUUGUUUAAUUGAUGAUAUCUAUUUAGGGGAUAUAUAUAUAUUAUAAAUUACAAGGGCAUUUCAAAACGGUUGAUCGGAAACAAUAAUACGAAACCUGAAAAAUAUGGGAUCCUUAGUCCAGCCAAAUAUAAAUCACCUUACCAGUGUGGCUGAGUUCGAAAAAUUUCUGGGGAGCUCGGAAACAUCAGUUGUCGGUCUCUUCCAGGAGGACACCCAGUUAAAGGAGGUUUUCAUGGAAUAUGCUUCUGAAAUGUGCGAUAAAAUUCGCAUUGGUUACAGCAAUACAGCCUCUGUGUUAAGAAAACUCGGAGAAAAAGAUGCUAUCGUAAUUUAUCGAGCUCCACAGUUCCACAAUGAAUUUGAACCCAACUUUGUGAGAUUUACUGGAAACUCGUUUGAUGAGCUGGUCAACUUUGUGAUGACUAACUAUCAUGGCUUGGUUGGUCUUCGCACAAAAAAGUCCUUUCGAGAAUUCGAACCUCCGUACGUUGUUGCCAUUUAUGAAGUCGACUACGCACUCCAUCCAAUACCGACGAAUUACUGGCGCAAUUUUAUUUUGGAGGUAGCGAAAGAGUUCGAUGGAGUAAUGAAAUUUGCCGUAAGUCCCCUAGAAGAGUUCCAAGGAGAAAUCGAACAUUUUGGAGUCAUUUACAAUGGGGAGGAACCGCUGGUCAUUGCGAGAAAUGAAAAAGGUCAAAAAUUCGUUAUGGAAGAAGCAUUCUCUGUAGAGAAUUUGCGAAAUUUCGUUAAAAAUAUGUUUAGUGGGAAACUUGAGCCUCGUUUAUUAUCAGAACCAAUACCUGAGUCAAAUGAUGGACCCGUAAAAAUUGUCGUCGGGAAAACCUUCAAAGAACUCGUUAUUGACAAUAGACGGGAUACGCUACUUCAAAUCUACGCUCCUUGGUGUACUCAUUGCGAGAAGCUAGAGCCUAUAUUUGAGGCUGUUGCCAGAAAACUCCGAGACGAAAAAGUGGUCUUUGCAAAAGUAAAUGGUGUAGCCAAUGAUUUGCCAGAAGAAUUUGAUUACGACCGGUUUCCUUAUAUUUAUUGGAUUCCAAAACAUUCCAAGUCAGAACCUCAAAAAUAUGAAGGUCCUCGCGAGGAAGACGAAAUCAUUAAAUUCAUUGCUAAGGAGGCAACAUACGGACUGAAGAAAUUCGAUCGUGAGGGGAACAAGAUGAACUCGAAGGUGGACAGAUAUGGAUCAGCGCAAGAGGUGUCCCGCAAAAUGAAGGAAAGGGGUUGGUGAACUGAUCAUGCCAUUACUACUUUUCCAGGAAGAGUGGAAUGGUGAGUGAAAAAGAAUAUUUUUGAUAUUCAUUGGCAUGAUCGGCUCAUUGAAUUCUACUCAACAAACAUAUGAAUAAGUGUUUCUGGAGUGAUUUCCUGGAAAUUUUAAUUAUGCUGAAAGAAAAAAUAGGGCAGAAGGGAGGAGCAAAAAGAAAUUUUCAGUUACACAUCUAAGUACAAUGUUUUAUUGACAUUUUAGAGAACUUUUAUAGUGAAAUACAAUAAAAUUCUUGAUUUAUAUGGA